AUGUUUUCAGUCGAAUUAGAAAAUCGAUCAGGUUAUAAAAAAAGGAAAAAAAAGAAAUGGAAUAAUAAAAGUACUGGUCAGGAUAAAUUUACGAACAAAGAUAUUAUAUCAGAGGAAAAAGAAGAAGGACUUGAUAUAGAAUGUGGUCAUAAUAUUCUGGGGGAUGUACAAUAUGAUGGUACAUAUAAUAUAAAUGAACAAGUUAAGAAAAAUUCAUUGUUCUAUUUUAAAUGUAAAGAGGAAAUUAAUUUAAAAGAUGGAAAUAUAAUAUUGGAUGAUAAAAAUAGAAAAGUGGAUGAUAUAAAUAUAACAGGGGAUGAUAAAAAUAUAAAAGUGGAUGAUAAAAAUAUAAAAGUGGAUGAUAAAAAUAUAACAGGGGAGGAUAAAAAUAUAACAGGGGAGGAUAAAAAUAUAACAGGGGAUGAUAAAAAUAUAAUUUUUGAUGUUGAUGAAAUAUUAAUCCAUCAACAUAAUACAUCAAAUAGUAAUAUAUAUAUAAAUUGUAAUGAUAAUAAUAAUGAUAUUAGGAACAGUUCAAAUGUACAGCAUUAUUAUAAUGAUAAAAUAAAAGAAAAUAUAAAUAAACAAAAUAAAAAGUAUGUUUUAAUAAAUGAUUAUAUAAAUAAUAAAUAUAUUUUAUCAAAAAAUAAGACAUGUAAAAUAAAUAAAGGAAAAAAAUUAAUUAAAAAAAAAAAAGUAAAUAAUAUUUCUAGGAGGAGGAAUCAUAUAUUAUAUAAAUGUCGUAAUAAGUUAUAUAAUGGAAAUGUUUUUUCUGACGAUAUUAUUAAAAGUGAAGUGAAUGUAUGUAAUUCGUUAACUGUACUUCAUAAGAAUUAUAAUAUUAAUAUGGAUAAUUAUUUAGAUGAUAAUAUACAUACAAAUAAUAGCAAUAUUUAUGAUAUUAAUUAUACAAAUGAAAAUGUUAUUAAUUCAACAUGUCGUUAUUAUCCCAUAGGUAAUAAUAACACAUUAAGUAAAGAUGAAGUUACAAAAUCAAGUUCAAAAAUUAAUUCCCUUUCUUAUUUUGAUGAUAUUAUUAAUGUAAAUAAAAAUGAUAUACCUAUUUUACAUGAUAAAGAAAAUAUAAAUAUAAUAAGUAACAAGGAAAGCUGUCAUAAGGAUGAAAAGGAGGAAGAGAAAUAUAUCAUGUAUAAUUCAAAUUUAGUAGAAGAAAAAAAACAAAAAAAAAUGAUUUGGAAUUCUCUUAAUGUAUUACCAAUAGAUAUACUACUUAAAAAUGGACAUGAUGAAAUUAAUAAAGAGAUAUGCAAAAAAAAAAAAAAAAGUUUUUUUAGUCAGAAUGAUAUAAAGUCUAAAAUGUUAUACAAUAAUAAAAGUUAUUCAAAAAGUGAAAAAGUAUUAUAUACAAAUAAUAAAAACAGUAAUACGUUCAUUCCUAUAUUUUUCUUAAAUAAGGUAGGAGACAAGUUUAAAAACUCUGAGAAUAUAUAUGAUAUGUAUAAUAAUAAAAAAAAUGUCUAUAUACAUGAUAAGAAGAUAUAUACUAAUAUGUAUUCUAAUAAAUUAAAACAGAAACAUUAUUAUAGCACUUCUAAUAUAAAUUUAUUAUAUAAUAAUAUAGGAAAGGUAUUAGAUAAUGGUCUACAUUUAUCGAAUAAUAUGUAUUGUCGUUUAAAUUCAAAUCCACCAUAUAAGAGUAUCUCGUUAAUUAAUAACAAUGUUUUUUUUUAUAAAAAGAGGAAAAGUAAUAGUAAUAAUAAUAAUAAUAAUAAUAAUAUUAGUAGUAGUAGUAGUAGUAGUAGUAAAAAAAAUCACGUGAUCAUUAAUAAAAAAAUAUCAUCUUAUAAUAUUCAUUAUAAAGAAAGAAAGGAUUCGUUUAAAGAGAAUUUUUUAUUUUUCAAAGAGAAAAUUUUACCAUCAAAAAAAGAUACUUGUGUUUUUAAUGAAAGACAAAAAGAUCUUUUUGAAAAAAGUAAUGAACAUAUUAAAUGCGUUUCUUCUUUUAAUAAUACAUCAGAUGAUAUUUCUUCACAUUCAAGCGUAAAUAAGAAAGAACCUUUUUUUGCUUUAAAAAAUAAUUCCAUAAGGCACAUACCAAAAGAAAAUAAUAUAAUAUAUACAUCUGGGAAAUCUUUUAAUCAUGUGCAGGAUAAGGAAAAGACUGUUCUACUUAAAAAAAAGAAAGAAAUAAAUGAUAAGAAUACAUUUAGCUCUUGUUUAAUAAACCAUAAUAUAACAACAUAUACAUUACAAAAUGGAGUAAAUAAAAAUUUAAAUAUGUUAGGAAUAAGAGAUUCUAUUUAUAAAAUAGAUGAAAAGAACAAUAUGUUGAAAGAAUGUUAUAAUGGAAAUAAUGAUAGUAAUAAUAAGAAAAAAAAGAAGAAAAAAAAAUUAUCUUUUUCAUGUGAUAUUAUAAAUGAUAAUAUUACACCUUAUGAAUCAGAUAAGGAGAAAAACAAUUCUAAUAAUAUUAAGAGUAUGGAUAUAUUUAAUUAUGUAAAAAGAAAAAGCAACCUUUAUAAUAAUUUAUCUUCGAACAGGGAUUCUACUGUAGAUAUGCAUAAUAAAUAUAAUAGUGAAGAAUAUAUAAAUAUACAGAGAACAAAUAAAAUAUAUGAAUUGAGUAAUAAAAGAAUUAGAAAUUAUAAAUUGUAUAGUAUGGAUGAAAUAUUUAAGGUGUCUCUUAAGGAAAAAAAAUAUAUAGAUAAUAUUUCUAAUAAUAUGGAAAGAGUAACAUAUAAAAAUGAAAUGAUAAAUGAAAAGAUAAGUAAGAUGGACGAUAUAUUAUAUCCUUGUGACAAAAAUAAAUCUUUAAACAUGUCUUGUCCUGUUAUAAUAGAAAAUAAUAUAUCAAGAGAAGAAAAUGAAAAAAAUUCAAGUGUUAUAUUAAAUAAAAAAAAGAAUGAGAAUAUGUUUAAUUGUGUUGGAAGGUUACAUUGUCACAUGGGCAAAAUGAAUAAUCAAGAUAAUAUAUAUGACCAAGGGAAUAUAAAAAAAAAUGAAGAAGAAAUAACCAAACAUGAUGAAUAUAUAUCAAGGGAAGAAAAAAAUAAAUAUAAUAGUAAAUGUAUUAGAAAUUUUGAUGACUAUAAAUAUGAACAAGUGUUGAGUUACCAUACGUUGGAUGAAGACAAAAAAAAAAAUGAUAUGAACAAUUUAAUAGAUAUGAAUAAUGAGGCGAUUAUUGAAACGGUGAAUGGUGUUAUUAAUAAUAUUAUAUUGGAUAGAAAAGAUAAUAACAGUAGGAAGGAUAUGGAGAAAGAGAUGGAGAAGGAGAUGGAGAAGAAGAUGGAGAAGGAGAUGGAGAAGGUGAUGGAGAAGGAGAUGGAGAAGGUGAUGGAGAAGGAGGUGGAGAAAGAAUUGAAAAAUGAGAUGAACAAUAGGAUGAACAAUAGGAUGAACAAUGAGAUGAAAAAUGAAAUAAACAUUUAUAAAAACAAUGAGAUAUAUGUAGAUAAUGAUAAAGAACUAGAAAUUGUAAAUGAGGAGAAGAAACUUAUUUACCCAUUUAAUUACGAAUCUGAUGUACAUAAAAAUAUGAAUAUGUCAAUUAAUAUAAAUAAUUGUAAAGAUGAUUAUAAUAAUAUAUUAAAAGAAUAUGUAGAUAAUUCAUGUCUUGCUCAAAAGGAAGAGAAUAUAUUUCGACCUUUAUUCAAUUUAAAUAAGAAAGAUAAAGUAUGGAAACGUUUUAAUAUAAAGAAUAAUAUUAAGACAAUAAUACAUAAUGAAGAGAUGAAAAGAAUAUAUCAAACUAUUAAUAAAAAUGUUUUUCCUAUUUAUAAUUUUAAUCGAUAUGAAAAUUUUUUAAUAAAUCAUUUAACAUAUAAUUUUCCAAAAAAUGAUUUAUUUAAAUUAUCAUACAAAGUAAGUAUGAAUAAUAUAAGGAAUUUGUAUAUUGCUAAUAAACAUAUAAAUAAUAAUUAUGAUUAUAUGAAUAAAUUAUAUAAUCAAAAUAUAUAUACAUUAAAAUAUCAGGUAGCUAAUAUAGAUAAUGAUCAUCAUAUAUGUAAGAAAGGGGGAGGGUUGGAUUAUAUAAAUAUGAAUAUAUCAAAAGAAUGUAAAAAUAGGAAAGACAAAACAUAUUUAAAUAAAAUAUUUCAUUAUAAGAAGAAAAAGGAUGCACGCUUUUUUAUAAAUGACGAAAUUGGUUCUAAUGAUUAUAUGUAUGAUAUAAAAAAAAAAUAUAGUAACGAUGAAAAUAAUUAUAAAUUAAAUGAAAAGAUGAACAUAUCUAUGUCAAAUGAUGAAGAUAUGAUUCCUACGUUAAAUAGUGAACAUGGAAAUAAUUUUCCAAGUUGUCAACCGAAUUUAUUAGAAAAAAAAAGUACUUAUAUAGAUUUGAACUUAUAUGAUAGUAAUUCUAUGGACGAUUUUACAGAAGAAAAAUAUAAUUUUGUUAAUAAUGAAAAUGAUUUAUUCAAUACUAAAAGAUGGAAGUUUAAUUUUUCCAAGGGUAAAAAUCUGUUUAAUAAUAAAUUUUUUAAUGUAUCUAAUGAGGAUGGUGUGUUUUCUUUUUUUAAAAAUAUGAAUCUUUUUAGGGAACUUAAUAAAUCAAAUAAUAGCUUAAAACUAGAGAGUGUUAAAAAUAGUAAUAAUAAUUGUAGUAAUAAUAAGGGUGAUGAUAAUAUUGGAAAUAUGGAGAAUAUGAAUACAACAAAUGUUACAAUUGCGAGUGAUGAACAUAUAUCUACAAAGGGAGAUAUACACGACGAAUCAUUUUCUAGAGACGAUAAUGAUUGUAUCCUUUUAAAAAUUGAAGGUAGAAGUAAAAAAUAUAGUGAUAUAACCUUAUAUAAUGAGGACAAAAGUAAUUUGGAGAAUGACAAUGAGACUAUUAAUGAAUAUGAAAAUGUAUGUAGUAACAUAGAUGUUAAUGAAUGGGAAGAUAAGGUAAAUGGUACAUGUAAUAGUGUUGGUGAUAAAGAGACUGAAAAGAAUAAUGAAAAGAAUAAUGAAAAGAAUAAUGAAAAGAAUAAUGAAAAGAAUAAUGAAAAGAAUAAUGAAAAGAAUAAUGAAAAGAAUAAUGAAAAGAAUAAUGAAGAAAAUAAUGAAGGAAAUAAUGAAGAAAAUAAUGAAGAAAAUAAUGAAGAAAAUAAUGAAGAAAAUAAUGAUAUAGAAAAGAAUGAUAUAAAGGAUAAUAAUUCGGGACAAGUGAAAGAAAAUAUAAUUGUUAUGAAUAAUACAAACAAUAUGGAUGUUGAUAAUGAUGAUAAUAACAAUAAUUACAAUAAUGUUAGUACUGAUGAAGGUAUAGAUAUAAUUAAAAACAUCAAAAGUGAGAUGAAUGAUUAUAUUUAUAAUGAUAAUAUUAUGAUUAAGAUAAAUAAUAAAAGUAUAGAUCUUAUGAAUAUAAAAAAUCAAAAGAAUGAACCUUUUUUAAAUUAUACAAAUGAAAAGGAUAUACAUAUGAAGAGCAAUUCAUCAUAUAAUGUAAAUGAUAAAAUGAAUUUAUUUAAUAAUAAUGAGAAAACAGAAAAAAAUAAUACUAGUUUAAACGAUUUAUUAUAUAAAAGAAAAGAAGAAUUAGAUGAUGAAAAAAUAUCUGAAUAUAAGGAUACAAAUUUAACAAACAAUACCUUUGAACAUAUAGCUAAAAGGAUUAAUUUAAUUUUGAAUGAUACAAUUGAAUUUUUUCAAAAACAUACAUAUCUUCAUAAUGGUUAUGGUAAUGUUCAGGUGUGCAAAAAGAACAAGAGGAAAUUAGAAAAAAAGAAGUUGAAAAAAUGGUCCUGUAUUUAUAAAAUUAAUAAAAUUGUACGUAAAGGGGCCCACGGGGUGGUGUUUUCUGCGUGGAGAAGUGAGAAUGUUGAUUUUUUUAAUCAUUCGUUUUUUGAAAACUUAAAUUUGGAGAAUAAAAAGAAGGGAUAUAUCGAUGAAACAAAUGUUAAUGAAAAUUAUGAGUCUGAUAAUGAAUAUGAUAGUGAUGAAGAUGAUACUGAAAGUGAUAAUGAUGAUGAGCAAAAUAAAGAGAAUGAAAGAGGUGAUGAAAAGGAUGGAUAUGAAGAAAUGAAUGGGGGAGAUAAGAAUGAAGAAAUGAAUGGGGGAGAUAAGAAUGAAGAAAUGAAUGUGGGAGAUAAAAAUGGAGGAAUAAAUGAGGAACAUAAAAAUGAAGGAAUAAAUGAGGAACAUAAGGAUGAACUAAUAAAUAAGGAACAUAAAAACGAGCGAAUAAAUGAGGAACAUAAAAACGAACGAAUAAAUGAGGAACAUAAAAAUGAAGGAAUAAAUGAGGAACAUAAAAAUGAAGGAAUAAAUGAGGAACAUAAAAACGAACGAAUAAAUGAGGAACAUAAAAAUGAAGGAAUAAAUAAACUGACCUAUCAUAAUAUGAAUAAAAAUAAUAUUUCAAAUGAAAAUAAUUAUAAUGAUGACGAUUCUUAUGAUGAAGAUAAUUUGGUAUCCCUGAAGAUAAUAAACUUAAAAUAUUUAAGUAAAAAGAAUAGUUUAAAAAACAUUUUGAGAGAAGUAAAUUUUUUAAAAAUGUGUGAACAUCCAAAUGUAGUAAAAUAUUUCGAAUCUUUUUUUUGGCCUCCUUGUUAUUUAGUUAUUGUGUGUGAAUAUUUAUCAGGAGGAACAUUAUAUGAUUUAUAUAAAAAUUAUGGUAGAAUAUCAGAAGAUCUUUUAGUAUAUAUCUUAGAUGAUGUAUUAAAUGGUUUAAAUUAUUUACAUAAUGAAUGUAGUUCACCACUUAUACAUAGAGAUAUAAAACCAACAAAUAUCGUUCUUUCCAAAGAUGGUAUAGCUAAGAUAAUUGAUUUUGGUUCUUGUGAAGAAUUGAAAAAUAGUGAUCAGUCUAAAGAAUUAGUGGGUACUAUAUAUUAUAUAUCACCUGAAAUAUUGAUGAGAACUAAUUAUGAUUGUUCAUCUGAUAUAUGGUCAUUGGGUAUUACAAUAUAUGAAAUUGUUUUAUGUACCUUACCAUGGAAAAGAAAUCAAUCAUUUGAAAAUUAUAUAAAAACCAUAAUUAAUUCAUCACCAAAAAUUAACAUAACAGAAGGAUAUAGUAAACACUUAUGUUAUUUUGUUGAGAAGUGUUUACAAAAGAAACCUGAGAACAGAGGAAAUGUGAAAGAUUUAUUAAAUCAUAAAUUUUUGAUUAAAAAGAGGUAUAUUAAAAAGAAACCUAGUUCUAUAUAUGAAAUAAGAGAUAUAUUAAAAAUAUAUAAUGGUAAAGGUAAAACAAAUAUCUUCCGAAAUUUUUUUAAGAACCUUUUUUUCUUCAAUGAUAAGAAUAAAAAAAAAAAACCAAAUAAAAUGAUCAGUUCCAAAUCCUGUGAUGCAGAAAUGUUCUUUGAACAGUUAAAAAGGGAAAAUUUUGAUUUUUUUGAAAUUAAAUUAAAAGAUGAUGAAAAUAGUAGAUCCUUGAAUACGUUUAAUAUAAAUAUAUCUAAAGAAAGAGACGACAUAUCAUAUUCUUCUUUAAAUUUGGAAAAAAUCAAAGAACACAGUCUCAAUAUGGUAGCAUCUGUUGUCGGGACUGAACAAUCCCAGAAAUGA